ACCAAAGAAGAAGCGGAAGAAGGGUCCGGAGCACAGAGGGACUCUCCCGAGGAGUCAUUAGCAGGAUAACCCGAGUUAAGGCGUCCAUCUGCAGUUGUCUUGUCUCUGUUUGACUCUUGGGUCGGUAGAAAAUGUCCAGGUUUCAGGAUCUUGAAGAUUUCUUCAGCCGGCGGCUGCUCGCUGCUGUUAACGGAGACCUCUCAGGACGAUCAGCAACAUCUGUGUAUGAAGAGGAGCUCCAACGGCAAAGAAAACUGCUGAGUGUGAUUUUAAUGCCUGAAAUCAAACUGAAGAGAGCAGGUUAGUUCACCUUCUUCUUCUUCUAAAACGGAGGAGAAGAAGAAGAAGAAGAAGAAGAAGAGAGGAGUCUUUGGAUUCAUUAUGAAUGAAUUGAAUGAAUGAGUGAAUUAUAUACAUUUAUGUUGUUUUUAUGUGGAUUCUCUGUCUCUGUCUCUUUCAGACACUGUUCACAUAAUUAUAGUUAUGCUGUAAUAUCAUAUUACUAAUAUCGUAUCCACUGUGCCAAACGGAGGAGCUCUUCCUUCCUUUCCUGCUUUAAUUCAUGAUUUAAAUUCUUUUUUUAAAGGUAAAGAGUUAAGUCUGGACUUUUCUAAACUAAAACUGAUUUUUAUUUCAUUAUUUCGCUGCUCUGUUUUCCACGUCCAUGAAUCCGUUCAUCGUUGAUCAUCAAUGAUACUUUUGUGAAUUCACUUUUAACAUGGAUUUUUGUAAGAAAAUCAAUUUCUGGUAUCUUUGGAAACUCAGUUUUCUUUCACUUUUGACGUGACUGCAGGGAUGUGGCACUUUGGCAGCAGGCAGCGUCCAGGCUGAGGUGGAGAGUAGGGUGGAGGUGGAAUUCCCGCUCAAAUAUAAGCGAAGUUCUGCGUUUAUGUCUGUAGACAGGAUGAUGAGAUAUGAGCAGCAGUCUGGGCGUCUUUACUGGACAGACGUUAGAGACCAAACCUACAGAGGAAGCUGCUGAUGCUCCUCUUACUCACUUUCAUGCUGCUGAGAGUGUAUCUGAACAUUAUAGAUCUGUAUUACACUCUGUGUGUGUGUGUGUGUGUAGGUACAGAUCGGCCUUUUUACUGCAGCCUCUUAACUCUGAGGUCGUCUCAGUCAGACUGUUUUCUGCUCAAAGACUUCAGGAAAGUUCAGACUAAUCCAAACAAACCGUGAAUCUCAGAGCAGCGUGACAUGUCCUCGGUAACGUCCUGGAGGGUAGAUAAGAUGGAACAGCGUGCACUUACACAGCUGUUAAGUGUGUGGCUGAGGGUGUGUGUGUGUGUUGUGUGUGUGCAUGGUGGAGAAAGCCCAUAACACAUUGAGAUAUAUGUUUGAUUGCAAAUACAUUGACAUGCAUAUAUCCUGCAUUGCACAAGCUGAACAUAAUCGGCUGCAAACUAAUAUGUAAAUAAUGGAAAGUGUUUAACAAGGUGGUUGCAGGAAUCCUAUAAGCAAGCUAAGAUUAACUGCGUUGUCACGGCUCUGUAUAUGGUGCCUAAAGUUGGGAGAAUUGUGACACAAAACAGACUGUUGGUGAGGUUGGACUUUUUGGAUUGUCUGCGUAAGGUUGUUGGUGAAGCAGAAUUUGGUGUUGGUACAGUAGUCUGAGAAAGGUUGAGCAAAGACGCAGUUAGAGUGUGUAAGCUGAGGCAGGGGUAAAAGUUGUGUGGUAGGGUGUGGCACAGACAGAGAGCAGGAGAAGUUGACAGUCCGAGAGUCAGACUGAGACUGAGAGAAGUAGGAAGUAAAAGGGGAAGUGAGGUCAAUUCCGCUCUCACUCAGCCCCGAACGAGCCCCCACCCUUGCGUGAGCCAAAAACAAAACUCUCUCUCUCCCCCACAACGUCGGUGUCUGAUAGUCAACAACCGGACUUCUUUUGUAAACAUGCACAUAUUUUUGCUGGCCGGCUCUGCCAAUUUUCCUCUCUGGGCUGGAGAUAACAAUGACCUGGACUCUCUCUGGCUGUAUCCUGUUUCUCAAUGACUUGGCUCAAAAACAUGUCCAUAAUUCGCUCCCACUCAGUGAAGUCAAAGCUCGUAGUGAAGUAAAGAAGUGAGUGACGGUUCCUUACAGUGCUCGCUCUACCAACAAAGCUGAACCAGUGCCCAGAUUUUAUCUCAUUUUAAAAAGAUUGUUUGAAUUUUCUUCACAACCAUCUUGAAACCAGGGUCAGGAAUCAGGUCAGGGCCUCUUGGUUGAGAGGAAUUAGUCAGUUAAAACAAAUUCUCCUUCGAUAAAACACCAAAAUAAAAUCUGGUUGGUCUGUUUAGGAGUUGAUUAAAUUUAACUUGUAGGGGAGUUUGAAAAUUAAAAGCAAGAAUCUCUAUCCAAAGUUUGUCUCCAACAUAGAUGCCAAGCUUUUCUUGAUGUGUCUUUCUGUACUUUGGUGUUUCCUGCAGAUGUCCAGCAGCUGUCAGUGAUUAAAGAGGAACCUCUUGAGCUCCAGGAGUGGAGCCCUGAUCUAAACCAAAAGGACACCAAGCACAUGCACAUUAAGGAGGAGGAACUCUGGAGCAGUCAGGAGGGAGAGCAGCUUCAAGGGUUUGAGGAGGCUGAGGCCACCAUGUUCCCAUUCACUGUUGUCAUUGUGAAGAGUGAAGAGGAUGAAGAAAAACCUCAGCCUCCACAGCUUCACCCAAAACCAAUUCAAAAGAUGGAAACAGGAGAUGAUGGAGAAAUCUGUGGAGUUUCAGAACCAGCUGGAAACUCAAAUCCUGUGAGUGAUAACAGGUCAGAAGACUCCUCUGAGACUGAGGAUGAUGAUGAUUGGAAGGAGACCAGAGAGGAUCAGUCAGGAUUAAACUCUGGGAAAUUAAUGAAAAGAAGAGGACAGAAAACUGUCAAGAAAUCUCACAGCUGCUCUGAUUGUGGUAAAAGAUUUAACUAUAAAGAGGCUCUGAAAAGACACAUGUUAGUUCACACAGGAGAGAAACCUUUCAGCUGCUCUGAGUGCGGUAAAAGUUUUUCACAAAAACAGCAUCUGGCCAGACACAUGUUAGUUCACACAGGGAAGAGACUCUUCGCUUGUUCUGAUUGUGAUAAAAGAUUUAUACAAAAAGUUGAUCUGACACGUCACCUGGCAAAUCACAGAGGAGAGAAACCUUUUAGUUGCUCUGAAUGUGGUAAAAAAUUUAGCAAAAAAUUUAACCUGAAAGCUCACAUGGUGUUUCACAGAGGGAAGAAGCCCUUCAGCUGCUCUGAGUGUGGUAAUGAAUAUUAUGAUCAAAGAUCUUUGACCAGACAUGUGUUAGUUCACACAGGAGAGAGACCGUAUGUCUGCUCUGAAUGCAGUAAAAGUUUUAGACAACAAGCUCAUCUGACCUCACACCUGCUCAUCCACAGUGGAGAGAAACCCUUCAGCUGCUCUGAGUGCGGUAAAAGGUUUUACCGCAACACACAUCUGAAUUCACACAUGUUCAUGCACAGUGAAGAGAAACCUUUCAGCUGCUCUGAGUGUGGUAAAAAAUUUAGCCAUAAAUAUCUGCUGACAGCUCACAUGGUGUAUCACACAGGACAGAAACCCUUCAGCUGCUCUGAGUGCAGUAAAAGGUUUUACUGUGAAAUGCAACUGACCUCACACAUGUUAGUUCACGCAGGGGAGAAACCUUUCAGCUGCUCUGACUGUGGCAAAAGAUUCACACAGAGAGCGACUCUGGCCAAUCACAUAAUAAUUCACAGAGGAGAGAAACCUUUCAGCUGCUCUGAGUGUGGUAAAAAAUAUUGUGAUGAAAGAUAUCUGACCUCACACAUGUUAGUUCACACAGGGUGAAGAAAGAAAACAGUUUAUCUGCAACAAAAAUUCUCUUAGUCUCAGUUUUCAUAAAUACACAACUCUGAAAAAGGGAAAGACUCCAGCGCUUCAUCAAAACUAAUCAGGGGAGAAGGAGGAUGAAGAAACAGGAGCUGAUGGAAGGAUGGAGAACCUGAACAAGUCAGAAAAUGAGGAUUACAACAAGAGACUGUGGAGGAGACUCUUCCAACCCUGAGUCUGAGGACCGGGAUGAUUGGACCUGGACCAGAGACCACAAACAAAUUCACAAAGAAUGGACUGGGGCUGAGAAUGGCAUCAAGAAUUUUCCAUCAUUUCUGACCGUCCAGAACUGCUGAGAGUAACAUCAGUGGUUGUGCCAGGCUCAUUGUAUGAGACUUCAUGUAAAGAUGCAUCAUUUCCAUGUCUUUUCAGAGGUGGUCUUGUCGGAAUGAUCAUUGAACAGUUGGACCACAUAUAUGUAAAGUUACACUUGAAGGGUUUUUAUCUGGAUUGGAUGUUUGAUGUUGUUUAGGUACCUGAUUAAAGCAUCACUUUAUCCAUCCUCAUGCUGUAAACCCUUCCUCCUUGUUAGGUUCGGCACCGACCCGCUUUAAUCAGCUUUUUAGCAUCAAGACUUUAUGACUUUGUCAGGAACCUCUAUUUCAAUAAAAUGAAAAUUAGUCAAAUUAAAUUGACUAAAUAAUAAAAUGCUCUUAUUAAAAUGAUGGCACUUGUUGUGUUUGGGUCACUGUUGACCCUGUUAGAUCAAUAUCUAAUAAUUCAAGCUAAAACUGGAAUCAUAAGUGCGCUGACAGUCAGAUCCUCGUCCAAUCAUGUGAGAUUUAGGAAAUUCUCAUUUUUCCAUGUUUUUCUCUGUGAGAUGAAUUCAGUGUAGAUGUCUGUGUGAGGGGUAUACUGACAAAGAAAGGCUCAGGGGACCACGACAAAAAAUAUUAUGAUCAAUAUUUUCAUGGAUAAUGAAGCCGAACAAGGUAACCUAGAGAUGAGAACCAAACUGGACCAUAGAGAACUGUUUUUACAGCUGAUUAAAGACACGGGUCUAAACCGACCCUGAACAAAGUGGGUGCGUAGUAAACGCUAACACAGGAGGAAGGUUAAAUUCCACUUUCUUCUUCUCUGACAACAACACAGUUCUAUCAUCGCCAACAUGUCAUGGUUAGUUUACCACCACACCCAGAUUAUAAUCCAACUUCCUCAAAUAUCCUCUGUACUCUGUUUUAUGUCUUUUAUAAGAUUUUUAUUCCACCCACAAUUUUCAUAUUAAAUCAUUUCCAGAGUAUUUCUGUGAGUUAGUUUUACUUCACUGCCACUGACUGCUUUAGUGAAACUUUGACGGUUAAUUUUUAUAGAAAACGGUUGUUUACUGCUGACCUUAACACACCUAAUCCAGUCACCUGACCAAUGACUUUACACCCAAGCCGUAAAUCGCCUUGUAGUGAAUCCAAGAAAGAACAACAGUCAACAUGUUUUGGUCUUUUUUGUUGAUUCUCCUUUAACAGAAAUGCUCUGAGGCUCUCUCUGAAGCAGACUUUGUCUUUGUCUGUUAUACAACUUUAUUUUUCUGGACUCCAGCAGUUUUAUUAAAAACCAUGACCAUGCAGUUGUAGUUCUUUUACCCCAAUAGAAACCCUAUUUUCAACCACAUCUCUUUUUUUUGUAAUUUUUAAUUUGAUUUUUUAAGCUUUUUUCAGAGUUAACAAAAUUACAUUUCCAAAUAUAGCAGAAUCAGUUCAAUACAGUAAUUUCAAUAUUGAACCAUCGUUUCAGUGAGAAAUAAAAAGUAGAUAGUGAAGAACGAGACGCAAACAGAAACACAAAAGUAACUUUAAUAAAAUAAUUUAUGCCAAACAAAA